CAUCCACCCCAGCCGCCGCCGCCGCUCCCUCCGCCUCCGCGGGAAGGCAGUGACGUCACGGCCAGAAGGCACUGACCUGGUUUCAGAUUUCGCGGACCCGAGAGCCCUGAAGGGCAGACGGGAAGGGGCGGGGCGCUGCGGUUCCCCGGUCGGGAACCCGGUGUGUGUGUGUGUGUGUGUGUGUGUGUGUAGUGCGGAGCGAGGGAUCGGCCUCAGCAGCUGUCCAAGAGUCAGCACCUCGACUUGAGUAACGCCCGCGGGGCGGAGAAGAGAGCGAGUAGGUCUGUUGGUGGGGGGCGGCCAAACUUCCUGUCCCGCUCUGGAGCUGCUUCCGGCGGGAGCCGGAAGACGCCGUGUGUGGACGGAAUUCGGGGCUGACGGACGGACGGACAGACGGCCAGCUGCCCUAGACUGGAAAGGUUAAAUUGAUUACCAACAUAGUUCAGCAUCUUACAGGAAAAGUGUAAUGUUUUUUAAAGGGAUAUGAAUAUAACAGGAAGGUGUCAUUGAUUUGAACCUGUCCCCCGAACAGCUACAGGAUUUCAGAAGCUGAAUCAAUGUUAUCAGAUGAGUUAGAAUCCAAACCAGAGCUCCUGGUUCAGUUUGUUCAGAACACCUCCAUCCCCCUGGGACAAGGGCUAGUAGAGUCAGAAGCUAGAGACAUAACUUGCUUAUCCCUCCUUCCAGUGACCGAGGCCUCAGAAUGCAGUCGGCUAAUGUUACCAGAUGAAACUCCAAAUCAUGCUAAUUCCUCCAAGGAGGUCCCUUCUUCAGCUGUUUUGAGGAGCCUUCAGGUGAAUGUGGGCCCAGACGGAGAAGAGACAAGGGCUCAGACUGUACAGAAGUCCCCAGAGUUCCUAACCACACCAGAGUCGCCUAGCUUGCUACAAGAUCUACAGCCAAGUGAUAGCACUUCGUUCAUUCUUCUGAACCUAACAAGAGCAGGUCUGGGCUCUUCAGCUGAGCACUUUGUGUUUGUGCAGGAUGAGACCGAGGACUCAGGGGCUGACUUCCUGUCUGGUGAGAGCACAGACAGUAGUAUCCCAUGGUUCCUCCGAGUUCAGGAACUGGCCCAUGACAGUUUGAUUGCGGCUACUCGUGCACAGCUGGCAAAGAAUGCAAAAACUGGCAGCAAUGGAGAAAAUGUCCACCUUGGUUCUGGUGAUGGGCAACCCAAAGACUCUGGGGCCGUUCCUCAAGCGGAAAAGAAGCUCAAGUGCACAGUUGAAGGCUGCGACCGGACAUUUGUGUGGCCAGCUCACUUUAAGUACCACCUUAAAACUCACCGAAAUGAGCGCUCCUUCAUCUGCCCUGCAGAAGGUUGUGGGAAAAGCUUUUAUGUGCUGCAGAGGCUGAAGGUGCACAUGAGGACACACAAUGGGGAGAAACCCUUUAUGUGCCAUGAGUCUGGGUGUGGUAAGCAGUUCACUACAGCUGGCAACCUGAAGAACCACCGGCGUAUCCACACAGGAGAGAAGCCUUUUCGUUGUGAAGCCCAGGGAUGUGGCCGUUCCUUUGCUGAGUAUUCAAGCCUCCGAAAACAUCUGGUAGUUCACUCAGGAGAGAAACCUCAUCAGUGCCAAGUCUGUGGGAAGACCUUCUCUCAGAGUGGGAGCAGAAACGUGCAUAUGAGAAAACAUCACUUGCAGCUUGGGACAACUGGGAGUCAAGAACAUGAUCAAACUGCUGAGCCACUAAUGGGCAGUAGUUUGCUUGAAGAAGCUUCAGUUCCCAAUAAAAACCUGGUGUCUGUGAAUUCCCAGUCCAGCCUUGGUGGAGAGUCCUUGAAUCUACCAAAUACCAAUUCUAUCCUUGGAGUCGAUGACGAGGUGCUUACGGAAAGAUCCUCACGCCCCCUGUCUUCAGUGCCUGAUGUGACACAUCACUUGGUGACGAUGCAGUCAGGGAGGCAGUCCUAUGAAGUUUCUGUCUUGACUGCGGUAAAUCCGCAGGAGUUACUAAACCAAGGAGACUUAACUGAACGACAGACGUGAGUGUGCUGACUCCUGUCUGAUCCCAGAGUGCAUGAUGGGAACAGAUCCAAAAGGCUCAUAAUCUGCCAGAGCUAAAAUGAGUCUGAAGGACAAAGACCUCGCCUUGCCCCUCUUCAUCUUCCCUGGCAGAGAAGAGGGAUGUCUGAGGGCUUCUCUUCAACCGCCACCAAUGCAGUCCAAGAGUGAGCAGUGGCCGUGGGCUGGAUACCUGUGCUGCCUCUUUCCUCAGUGCAACGUUGGGUAGACUUCCCAAGAGCAAGUUUAAUUAUGUGUUGGCUGAAGAUUUUCAUUGUGACUGUCAAGGUUUUCCUUUGAAGAGUUUUCACCGUAGACCCAGCUAUCUUUUCACAUGGUUGAAUUAUGUCCUGCUUCCAACCAGAACGUCACCAGAACUUCACUGAGUUUUCAAGAUGCCUUGUUGCUUUGAAGAAGGGAUGGAUGCCAAUUGUGGCAUCGCAUUCUCCCUUUAGCAACCUGAGUAAAAGACUCAGCCGUUGGGCUGUAAAAAUUUAAUUACUUGAAUCUCCCCUUGGCCCAGGCUGAGGUACCAACUUAUUCUGUACACUUUGACUUGGUCAUUUUUUUGUUUUGUUUAUGGGACUUAAAGUAGCAUGUUAUCAGGGGGUUUUAUUUGUUGUUUUUUGUUUUUUUUUUUUUAAGUUAAAAACCAUAUGAUCUAGAGUUUGUUUUCCUUUUAAAUAAACAAAACAACCUA